ACGAAACUACUUGGGUCGUCGACACUUCGAACUCCAAACAGCGCAUGCGUCCGCUCCAUCGCCCGGUGUCAUCGCUGUAAGGAGUGCGUCAGCUAUUUCCCACAUUUGUUUACAUGCUGAAAGGUCCAUUGUCGAGAAGGAGCUGAAAUGGCGACAGAGGAUCCCAACGCCUGGAAGAAGGCCACCUCCAUCUAUGAGUUUACAGCCCAAGACAUUGAAGGCAAUGAAGUUUCCCUGGACAAAUACAGGGGCAACCUUGUCAUCAUCGUGAAUGUGGCAUGCAAGUGAGGAUUUACUCAGAAGCACUACACUCAGCUACAAAAAUUGUACGCCGAUUAUGCUGAGUCACAGGGCUUGAGGAUCCUUGCUUUUCCAUGCAACCAGUUUGGGGGGCAGGAACCGUGGCCGAACGACCAAAUCCUAAGGUUUGUGAAGAAGGAGUUCCAGGUUGGGUUCGACAUGUUCAGCAAGAUUGAAGUCAAUGGAAACAAUGCACAUCCACUUUUUAAGUUCCUUAAGGAGAAACAGAAAGGUUUAUUUGGAAAUUUUAUCAAGUGGAACUUUACAAAAUUCAUCAUUGAUCGUGAAGGAAAACCUGUCAAAAGAUUUGCCCCAAAUACAGAACCAUUGUCUAUGUUGAAAGACCUUGAACCCUACUUCAACAAGUAACCUCCCAUGAUUGUUGCCCUCCACGUCUACCAUGUAAUGCUGCAGCAAAGUCAUCAUCCAGAUCUUGUGUCUGUCUAGACCCAGCUUCAGCGUCAGUCAGAAUGAAUGAAGGUUGAUCCCUAAACCUUGAAGGGGAUUGACUGGAGAUGGUUUGCUGGCGUACAAACCACUCUGACUGGACACUGGUCAGUGCUGGACCUAGCUGGACAUAACCAUGGGUAGUGACUAGUUGUAUGUGUAAUAGUAUAUGAUAUUUAUCUGCAAGUGUAUUUAUAUACCAGAUGUGUAUAUUACUGUUUAUGAGUGUGUAUGAGGUGAAUUUAAAGAAAGGUUGUUUCAAAAUUUCAGGAACUAUUGGCAAUUGGGAGUUUGGUUGAUUCUGUCCAGUUUGUUUGUUAGGAUGCAGUAUUUUAUAUUUUGCAUUGAACGUGUUGAAUCAGUUUUAUGUUGUUCAUGUGGUUUUAAAUCUACUUGGUCUUUGUAUAAAAACCAUAAGUGCUGCCAGUUAAGUUUACUUCAAAAGAUCACACUACUAUAUAAUUUGAGAAAUACUGAAAAUCAUUGGUUAAGUUCCAAUUAAAAUCAUAUCUUUUUAUUUUGAUGCAAUUUUUAAAUUUGAAAGAGCUGUGACAGAUAAAAUAUAUUUUUCAAUUCAUGAACUAAAACAUUAGAUCUUCACUCGUUAUUUGUACAUUUUAUUCAGAUAUUAAUCAGUUCCAGUCCUUAGUGAAAGUACCGGUAUAUGUUCGAGAUACUCAAGUUCAUCUUUAUCAAAUAACAUUUGUGUUUGUAUUUAUACUUAAAAAAUGAUUAAUUCUUGGUGUUUUGCCUGCAUAUCUAAUUACAUUUAAGUUUGUUUAUUUAUGCAUAUACUUAAGAGUUGUGUUCCCAGUUAUGAUUCCAGCAUGAUUAUGUAAAUGUUGUUUAAGUUUGUCAAGGCUUUUUAACCUUUUAUGUUUUUUAGUGCUGUAUGUUCUGUAUUCAUAACUCUUAUACAGUCCCAAUGUGCCAGUUUCUAACCUUAUCUUCACAGCCUGGUGUAAGUCCAACAUCUAUGACUGGUCCAAGUCGGUCCAAAGUGAAUCAGUAGUUGGUGCUAUUAUUCAGAUGACAUAUGCUUUAACAGCCAGUGAAAUAUACUUUAUUGUAUUAUCUUUCUAUGAAUAAAAGUUAUAAAUAUCUAAAUUUUAAACAUUAAAUAUUUGUCAUUUUGAUGAUUCUUGCCCAUGUUCUCGAUGCCUGUUCUUGAACUGAGAACUGGAUUAUCCUUAGGUCGGUGUCCUGUUCUGUUUGUCCAAACAGAAAAAAACAAGAGGGCUUUGAUUUUACUUUAAUACAAUGUCAUUCAAAGUGCCAAGUUUAGUUUGCCAGAAGUUAUAAAUUUAAUGCUGAAGACCUUGAGGAAUGCCAAGCCAAUUCCUGGUGUUCCUUUCCAUCUUGUUCCAGGAUUGUUUCUUAGGCAGGUAAACAUUUUAUUCACUUGACAGUUAAAAGAUGAUUUUUGAAUUCAAGUUAUCGUGGUUAUGGAGAAUAUGGUUUAUGUAAAUUGAAGGUAUCAAAAUCACAUGCUGUGUUAUAAGAGGUAUGCUAUAUUUACAAAAAAUGGCAACCUCCCCACGCGACUUGCUGUUCCCCAAACCUCACUUGUUUUCUUUUUACUUGGGUUUAUUAAGCACUCUUUCUUUCAAAUUCUUGGAUCAACCUCUAGUAAAAUAUGUUACAUUCCAUUCCACAAGAAGGAAAAUACUUCUAGGAAAUAGCUGAAGAACUUCAAUGGUCACGAUAGUGAAUAUUUGCAAUGUCAAUCAGCAACAAGCAAUGUUUCAUUCCAGCAAUCGAUAUUAAUUACAGCAUUACCUCCUGUUCGAAUCACUAAGUGGAGUAUAAGUGAAAUAUAUCUCCUAUCAUUGUAUGUAACAUGUUGUUGUUGGUUGAGUCCAAGGUGGUUGUUGAACUGUGAAGUUGUGCCAGUUUUUCUUGAUGGAUCAUUGCUCAUAUAUCAUGAAAAAGUGAAACGUGAAGAGUAGAACUGGAAAAUGGCAUUUUUUGUUUAAGAUAGACUACUUCAAAUUAAUAAUUUCUUUUGAUAUAUUUUCUCAGAUGAAUAUAUCAAGUUGCAGAAUUAAUGGGUUUAUAUGGAAAGGUGUUUAUUUUUGGAUGUUUAAUGUAUUGUUAAUAUCUCAUUAGUUCAUGUUUACUUUAGAUUUGUUUCUUUUACUGAUUUUCUCAUAUCUGUGACUUUGUAGUCCAUUUUAGAGUUAUUCUGUAAGUAAAUGUUUGUUGAAACAAAACAAAACAACAUUUUGAGAAAGCAAAUAAUCACUUGGUUAUGUCAGGAGGAUUGAUUUAGAUUGUUGUAUUUGUUUAUAUCAAUGAGACUGUGUAAUCCGAAUGCUCUUAAAACUAUUUCCAAGACAGUGAUUGGGAACCUCCGUGUCCAUGUAAUAUCAGGAGAUAAUUUUACUUGCUGUUUCAUAGCCUGUUGAUUAUUUGUUAAUGAUGAACACAAUCCUGUUUUUGAUACGGAUUCAUCUGUUUUACUUCUGGUACCAAGUAAGAAAAGUUUAGUGGAUAUAUAUAUCCAUAUAGGAAAGCUUCUCUUGCAUUUUAUCUGUUAGAAGUAUUACAUGAUAUAUCCAUCCUUUGAUCCAAGGUUUCCAAACUCUAGAUACGGUAAGAACUGAUACAAUUUGUUGUGUAAAACAUUUUUAGGUAAAGGGAAUAAGACACCUUAUGACUUGUCAUUUAGCAAAACAGUUUCGUAAAGAUUAUUUCACCCCAAAUAUAAUUAUAAAUGAUAUUAUUAUUUAAACAGGGUCUUGUCAUUGUAUAUUUUGUAUUGAUACAAACCAUUGUUUGUUUCCAGCAUGGUUUCUAAAAAUAAUUGCCAUAUCUGAAGCCAUAUAACUUAUACAAAACAGGCCUCUAGUUGUGCCAUAAGUCGGGUAGGAACCAUCAGAGUUUCGGGAAACAUUGGUGUCUCAGUAUAAACAUGUUAUCAUGUAUUGAUUUGCUGUAAAUCUUUACAGAAUUAAGCCUUGAUCUCUUGUUUAACCCGUCUAUAUAAUUUAAUUUUUGGUGUACUCCAUGUAUUUUGACAAACAAUAAUCUAUGUAUUUUAUAUGUCUGUCUUGUUUUCUCAUUUCUGCAAGUUUUCUUCAACCAGAUGAAAUAAAUUGUCAAUUGUUAAUUUUC